CUCAGUCACCGUUCGGUUGGAGUUUCAGUUCACAAUUAAAGUUCUUGUUUUGUACUUGACCUUUGUGGACGCUCGUGCUCGUUUUUCGAGCACACGUGAUAAAAAAAAAGAGAAAAAAUAAUAGAGGAGACGGAAGGGAAAAUACGACAACGGGAUCUUCGACCCUUUCUUCCACCAUUUUGUGAAGUGGACGCAUCCUGCGAAUCCAUGUGAUCCACCUCAACUUCUUCGGGCUUGAGUUCGACCAAAAAUGCCCAUUUUAUGUUCUUUCUGGCAAAAGUGAUUAACUAUCAUUAACAGUGUCUCAAUUAAUCGAAAGCCUGUUUUCCUGGAAGAUACUCUUGGCGCAUAUUAUCAAAAAGCUUGGAAGAUUUUAACGACGCUCUCGCUUGGCAAAAGCGCCGCCAAGAAUUUUCUACAAGACGUUUUCAUUCCAGGGAAAAUAAGAGUGUUGGGGAUCGACUGGUUAUCUUAAAUUGCUUAAAGACUCAGGAGGUGAAUUCAACAAGCGGAUUUACACGAUUUUCAUCAAUGUCUGACGUGUUUUGGAUAGAGGGGGAAGAAAGGAGAAAGGGCGUAAAAUCCUCUUGUCGAGAUGUUCUUCUCUUCCCUCAAAGCUGGUUUCCAAGACCUCAAUGAUGAGGCACUCAAGUCUUCAAAGACUAUCAUCAAUAGUUAAUAAGAAGUCCAGCAGCAAUUAUGGGAAUGGAGACAUCCAGUGGUGUUUUUCCCAGGUUAAAGGUACAUUAGACGACGAUGUUACCGAAGCCGAUAUUAUUUCCUGCGUCGAGUUCAACCAUGACGGUGAUCUCCUCGCCACUGGCGACAAAGGCGGGAGAGUUGUGAUAUUCCAGCGAGACCCGAUCAGCAAGAAUUGUCAACCUCGGAGAGGCGAGUUCAACGUUUAUUCGACAUUCCAGAGUCAUGAACCGGAAUUCGACUACCUCAAAUCUCUUGAAAUUGAAGAAAAGAUCAAUAAAAUACGAUGGCUCCGGCGUAAAAACCAGUCCCAUUUCUUACUCUCAACUAAUGAUAAAACAAUAAAGUUAUGGAAAGUAUCCGAAAGAGACAAAAGAGUCGAGGGUUACAACACAAAGGAAGAAAAUGGGCAGAUGCGAGACCCUUCUUGCAUUACGGAAUUGAGGGUCCCAGUCAUUAAAUCUAUGGAACUCAUGGUCGAAGCAUCGCCUAGACGGAUAUUUGCCAAUGCUCACACCUACCAUAUUAAUUCAAUAAGCGUUAAUUCAGACCAAGAGACGUACCUGUCUGCAGAUGACCUCAGGAUAAAUCUUUGGCAUCUUGAGAUCACUGAUCAGUCUUUCAAUAUUGUUGAUAUCAAACCGGCGAACAUGGAAGAGCUAACCGAAGUAAUCACUGCUGCUGAGUUCCAUCCGUUAGAAUGUAAUCUUUUUGUGUAUUCGUCUAGUAAAGGCACGAUCCGUUUAUGUGAUAUGAGGCAGGCUGCGCUUUGUGAUAGACAUUCAAAAAUUUUUGAAGAACCUGAAGACCCGACAAAUAGAAGUUUCUUUUCCGAAAUAAUAUCUAGUAUAUCUGAUGUUAAAUUGAGUAAUUCUGGCAGAUACAUGAUUUCAAGAGAUUAUUUGUCUGUUAAAGUGUGGGAUCUUCAUAUGGAAUCUAGACCUAUUGAAAGUUAUCCUGUUCAUGAGUACCUGAGGUCAAAGCUCUGCUCUCUGUAUGAAAACGAUUGUAUAUUUGAUAAAUUCGAGUGUUGUUGGGCUGGAAAUGACCAGUACAUCAUGACAGGCUCGUAUAACAAUUUCUUCCGAAUGUUCGACCGGACAAGCAAGAGAGACGCCACCUUGGAAGCAUCUAGGGAUAUAGCGAAACCGAAAACUCUUUUAAAACCUAGGAAGGUUUGUACUGGUGGUAAAAGGAAAAAAGACGAGAUCUCAGUCGAUUGUCUAGAUUUCACUAAAAAGAUACUCCAUACCGCUUGGCAUCCGAGCGAGAACAUAAUAGCAGUGGCAGCAACAAAUAAUCUCUUCCUAUUUCAGGACAAAUUGUAGCCGGCCGUGAUACCUCAGCAGCACAAUAUUCUAAAAGCGCUGUCGAGAUUGGAAGAAGAAAUUGAAUCAAGGCUUUUGAAGAGGCUUUGGUGAAAGAAAAACAAAAUCAAUACAAAACAAAAGUUUUUUCUUUCUUUCUUUUUUCAUCCCAGCGGGAACGCAAAUAACAUAAUCAAAGAGAAACCAUUACUUAAGAAGAUACAACUCACAACAAAUCUGCCUUUAUAAAUAUAUAUUCGUAGGCCCCUCAGAUAUGAAGAAAUUAAAUUGGAAACCAAGGACUUUUAAAAUAUAAUUUAUACUAAAGGACGUUCGGACGGUUGGUGUAAAGAAAAAUAAAAGAGAUAAAAAUAAUAAUAUAUUUAGUGCCUAAUUGCUUUUCCGUCAAACCUCCGUCCGUUCUGUCUGGUAAAAUAAACUGAAUAAAACUAAAAAGUGUAUGUGUGUAAUUUAUUUUAAAGCAAAAAAAGUGCCAUCUUAAAACCCCUGAGUUUUCUCUCUUUAGUUACUAUUAUCAGUCUUAACCUAAUUAUAAAA